AUGAGUACGAGCCAGAAGAAGGAUGCCAGAAAAGGCAGAAACAAGAAGAAGAACAUGGUCACCGUACCCAUUGUGAAGCCUUCUGCUGACCCUUAUGCAAACCUGGUGCCAGCAGAUUUGUACGACCUGGAUGAUUCAGAAGACGAGUUUGAAAGGAAAGAAGCAAUGAUGAUGCGCCAGGCUCUCAAAGAAGAGGCCCGCAGACAAGCAUUGAGGGAGCAGACCACAUUUGUUGGAAAAGCCCAGGAGGAAAAAACAAAGGCACUUCCACCUGUGAGCCACCAGAAGACCUCAAAUCUUCAAGAGACAACCAAACAGGUGGAUUGUCAGCCAGCCUCCAAAACAGGGUCUCCUCCACAGCAGGAGGAACCCUUAAGACAAACUGGGCUAGGACAAAAAGAAGGCAGUGUCAAAAGCUUUAGCCAGGCACUCACCCAGAUCCCUGAGCCUAAAUGUCCCAGAAUCAAGGGUAAGGUUGAAGUGGUGAGCAGACAGGAAGGGGAAAGGGCAGCCUUAUUUCAUGAAGUGGAGCUUCUGAAAAAGCAGCUCAGAACCCAGGAAGAGAAGGCAGAUUCUGAAAAGGCUCAACUGCUUGCUGAGGUUUCAAACCAGCAGCAGUCAGCCAAGGAAGCAGUCCUGGAAAUGGAAAAAUUGAAGGAGGACUGUGAUAAAGAAAGGCAAAAGCGGAGAGAGAUGGAAGAAAAGUUGGCCAGGCAGAAAGACAUGAAUUCCACACUGCAGGCUGAUAUGUCCCAUGCCAUCAAGGACAUGCAGGCCCAGAUAGAGCAAGCAAGAUGUCAGAUUGAGGGCUGCACAAGAGCAGACUGAAGAAAACCACAGGAUCCAGAAGCAGCAGUGGGAGCAAGAAAAUUCCUCUCUUCUCUCAUACAAAGAGGAAUCGGACAGAUUAAAGGCUGCACUAGAGCAGGUCCAAGAAGACCUAAGGAUUGAGAAGCAGCAAAGGGGGGAAGAAAAAUCACGUCUCCUUGCAGGAAAUAAGUCCUCCAAAUUGAAGGCUGCCCUAGAGCAGGCCCAAAAAGACCAUGAGAUCCAGAGGCAGCAAUGGGAGCAAGAGAAAUCAUCUCUUCUCUCAUACAAAGAGGAUUCAUGCAAGUUGAAGGCUGCCCUUGAGCAGGCUGAAGAGGAGAUGAAGACAAAGAAGCAGAGGUGGCAGAAGGACAGGUCCUGUCUCCGUAGAGAGCAUGAGGAGGCAAUCAGCAAGAUAGGGGCUUCCCUAAAGAAAGCCCAAGAAGAGCUGAAGAACCAGAGGUGCCAACAGGAGAAGGAGAGACAGCUUUUCCUUACUGGGCACCAACAACUGGAUCAGCUUAAACACCAGUGGGAGGAGCAUAAGAUUCGUGUCCAGAAUGCACACAAGGAGGAAAUUAGCUUCCUGAGGGCAGUCCUCGGGCAGACUAAAGAGGACCUAUCCAAACAGACACAUCAAAGGGAAGAGUUAAGGUCACAGCUCCUUGUGGAGCAGGCGAAAUCUUUCAGUUUGGAGGCUUCACUACACCAGGCCAGUAUGGAUCUGCAGAAGCACAAGCUCCAGUGGCAGGAAGCCACUCUGCUGGAGUCCAUCAGUGUCAUCAGAUCCUCAACAGCUCAAGCCAUAAUGGACGGACUGAGGACCCAAGAGGAAAGGAGUGACAGAGGUCAAGUAGAGACCAAGGAGGUCCCAGGGACAUAG